CAUUGGUGCUCCAUACGAAAAUUUUACGACAGGCAUGGCCGCCAAAAACUUUGGAUUUGUGGUUUGUCUCUUGAUCAUGGCUAUGGACAUCACAGCUGGAAUACUUGGCAUUCAAGCCGAAAUAGCUGAAAACAAGGUGAAGCAUUUGAGGAUGUGGAUUUUUGAGUGCAGAGACCCCAGCUUUCAAGCUUUCAAGCUAGGAUUGACGGCAGCAGUACUUCUCGGCCUUGCCCAUGUUAUUGGUAACAUACUUGGGGGUUGCGUAUGCAUUUGGACCAAGGAAGACUUGGACCGAGCAUCAGCUAACAAACAAUUAGCCGUGGCUUCCCUCAUUUUCUCAUGGAUAACAUUAGCAGUUGGAUUCUCAAUGCUGAUCAUAGGGACACUGUCGAACUCCAAGUCAAGGAAAACAUGUGGCAUAUCCCACCAUCGGCUUUUCUCCAUUGGAGGAAUUCUGUGUUUCAUUCAUGGGCUUUUCACCGUUGCUUACUACGUAUCAGCAACCGCUGCAGCCAGAGAAGAGAGAACAAACCGCCCUCGAGCCAAUGCCUAAUUUUACCUUAUGCUACUUUUCCAA